AUGUCAACAACAGAGAACACAACAACAGUUAUAGUCCAUGAAGCUAUAAAUGAAGAAUAUGAGUGGGUUCAGUUUAACAAACAACUCCGUCUCAUUCGUUCGGUCAAAGAUGAUAUGUACCAAAUGCAAAGUAUUUUGACAGCAUGUUAUGCUCCAGAUACUAAGCUUCCUAAAGACUGGUUUAGGAACCAAAGCACACAAGAACUUUUGAGCGAAGCACAGCGAGACAUACUUUUUUCUGAAAACAGUGAAGAACAGCGAGUAGGUAAAAAACCCCAGUCGCCAAAACUCUAUGAAAAUCGUGAAAAAUUGCCAAACGGUUUGAGAGGAUAUUAUGUACAUAGACUUCUUGUAAAUGCUGUUGCAAUGUGGGCUUCGCCUCGUUAUGCUUGGUAUAUUUACAGACUUCUUGACAAAAUUCAUAGACAAGAACGUGAAGAGAUGGAAAACAAGCUUGAAGCAAAAGACAAAAGCAUUCAGAAAAGAAUACCACGUUCGGUACCAAAAGGAAAGGAAAAGAACUAUAAGUAUAUGAUUUAUACUGAAGAGAUGGAAAAUGAAGAAGAUAAAGAUAUGGUUAUGUUGCAUUUAGUCAGAAGAAACAACAAAAGCUUUUACGACCUUGCUAAGAUUUACAAAUCUGACAGAAAUUGGUUCUAUCGCGAAAACUUACCGAUUUCAAUGACCCCAAAUGAAGAUGUGAAACAAAUAGUUCAAGAUACGUUACCUCAAACACACUAUGAUAUGAAAGGUUGUACAAUACUUACCUUCAAAGAAGACUUACCGCUACUGAAAGAAAAAAUAACAGAGUAUUUUGACAACUUCAAACAAGUAGGGUAG